AUGUCGCAUUCCAUCAUCUCCCCCGCCAUCCUCUACUGGGGCACCCCCGUCGUCCUCGUUUCCUCCGAGAACGAAGACGGCUCCGACAACAUCUGCCCCAUCUCCUCCGCCUUCUGGCUCGGCCACCGCUGCAUCCUCGGCUUCGCCGCCGAGAGCAAGACGCCGCAGAACAUUCUCCGCACCGGCCAAUGCGUCGUCAACCUCCCCGACGACACAAUGGCUCGCCACGUCGAUCUCCUCGCCGGCACAACAGGCACCGAAAACGUCUCAGCCUCGAAGAAGGACCGAGGUUACCGUCAUGUCAAGGACAAGUGGACCUGCGCGGAACUGACGCCGCAAAAGUCGGACCUUGUUCGUCCGAGACGCAUUCGGGAGUGUCCGGUGCAGAUGGAGUGCGAGUUGGCCGAGGCUCACCAGACAAUGAAGGACUUUCCUGAUCUCAGGGGAGUUGUCUUGGCUAUUGAGCUCAAGGUGCUUCGGACGCAUGUUGUGGCUUCGAUUCGCAUGCCGGGACAUGCCAACCGCAUUGACCCUGAUAAGUGGAGGCCCAUGAUUAUGUCGUUUCAGGAGUUUUACGGUUUGAGCGGCGGGAAAUUGGCGAAGAGCACUUUGGGCGAGAUUGACGAGGAAAAAUAUCGUGGGCUUACGAGGAGUGGUGUUGUCAAGCUGCCCGGCGACGAGGAUAAGGAGAAAGUUGAAGCGGCCUAUGAGCAGGCGAACGACAUCUUGGACAAUCUUAGAGAUUGA